AUGCUGUCUCCCGAUCUGGAAACUGAUACGACUGCGGAGGACACAGCACCCAGCACCCCAAACGGUGUUGCAGACACACUGGCCUGUCUUAAUGUGGAAGAGCAGCGGCCAGUGAAGCAGUCCCUCAGUGCCUCCGUGUGUCGCGAGUCACACUGGCGCUGCCUACUCCUCUCCCUGCUUAUGUACAGCUGCCUGGGGGCAGUGGCCUGGUGCCAGCUCACCCGUGUCACCAAACCCAGCUUCGACUCUUCCUCCGCCUCCUCCUCCUCCUCCUCUGCCUCCUCCCCGAUUUCCUCCCUGCGAGGCGGAGGGGGGCGGUCCAUGAUCUACCACGACAGCCCCUGCUCCGACGGCUACGUCUACAUUCCACUGGCCUUCCUGCUCAUGCUGUACGCCGUUUACCUGAUGGAGUGCUGGCACUGCCGCGCCCGCAGCGAGCUGCAGUGCAAGGCCAACGUGGACAGCGUGUACGAACGCGUGCUGCGCAUGCAGCAGGCCCGUCCGUGCGUGUGGUGGAAGGCCAUCAGCUACCACUUCGUGCGGAGGACUCGGCAGGUGACGCGCUACCGCAACGGGGACGCGUACACCACCACGCAGGUGUACCACGAGCGGGUCAACACCCACAUGGCCGAGGGCGAGUUCGACUACAGCCGCUGCGGGAUGCGGGACGUCUCGCGGGAUCUUAGAGGCCUCGAGGGACACCCGGCCACGAGGCUGCGUUUCACCAAGUGCUUCAGUUUCACGGGCGCCGGGCCGGAGAACGCCUACCUUAACCAGCGCGCCAGGUUCUUCUCCGAGAUCGAAGGCCUGGACGACUACAUGGAGGCCAGAGAGGGGAUGCACUUGAAGAAUGUCGACUUUAAGGAACACCUUAUCGCUUAUGUGGACCCUGAUCGGCUCCCCUGGUACACUUCCCAGGUGGCCUUCUGGCUGGCGGCUCUCCUUAUGCUGUCCUGGCCCUUGCGGGUGUUAAUCGAGUACCGCACAGCCUACGUGCACUACCAAGUGGAGAAGCUCUUUGGUUUGGAGUACAACAUCAACAGCAGGUCUCCGGAAGAUGAGGCGCCGUUGAGAAACGGCACCUGCCUUCUACCACGGGCAGACACCGUGGAUAGCACCGAGCUGGAGUGGCACAUCCGGUCUAACCGUCAGCUAAUCCCGAGUUAUUCGGAAGCCAUGCUGAUGAACGUGGGAGCCUCGUCUUCAAGCCCGGGGGUCAGCAGGUCUUCCGAUUGCUUUCUGAUGGACAACAACCCGUCGCGGAGUUACGGGACUCUGAUACAGGACUGCGAGCACUGCCACCGACUGCAGGACAGGCGGAGACGCCACACCGUCAGUUCCAGCUGUUCCUCCAUCUUUUCCCGUCACACGUUCCACUCCCGCAUGUCCCUGGACACUUCCCGGUUCUCCCUGUGCCGUAUGUACGGCUCCCAGAGGACGGUAGGGCUGUGGAGGAGCCGGAGCAGCACGCUAACGGACCGCUGCUGUCCGGACGAUCAGUGUUGCCGGUCCUAUUCGAGCCAGCUGGCCCUAAACGACAGUCCGCCCAACUAUAGGGAUGCACAGUUCUUUCCUGUGCUCAUAGUGCACAGGCCGGAGGGUUGCGGGGACUCCUCAGAAGUGAGAAGGUACUACGUCCGCCGUGGGUCGUGCUGUCUGGAGACCUCGUUAUGA